UGUUUUCCACCCAGCUCUGCACCUGCUCUCUGUCCUGACUACGCCCCUGCUGCCAUCGCUCCGGGCCUCCGGGCGCGGUCACGCGCCGGCGCGCUAACUUGGGCCCACCCCUGGCCUCGCCGUGGGCCCACUCCUCCUUGGAGCCGGACCAUCUUUGUUGCACACCUUAGAACUGUAAAGCCACGCCCCCACGGACAUGCCGCGCCCACGUUCACGUUCCAAACACCAGAAGUCCAAGAGCAGAAACCGGAUAGGAAACGUAACUGAGGACCAACUGGAACUGUGUUCCUACCAGCUUCCCAGCCGACUUUAAAUGCUAGCGGGGUGCAUGGAGUAAGCACACUCCUCUACUUCCUGAUGGAUGUCUCCUUCAGACGACUUUUUUAGGGCCACUACAGUGAGACAAAACAACAAUAACAUCACAGGAGAACAUACAAGAAGAUCCAAGGCUACGGAAGGUGCAGAAAAUGCUUUUAAAGUGAGACUUAGUCUCAGAACAGCUCUGGGAGAUAAAGCAUACGCCUGGGAUACAAAUGAAGAAUAUCUCUUCAAAGCGAUGGUGGCUUUCUCCAUGAGAAGAGUUCCCAACAGAGAAGCAACCGAAAUUUCCCACGUCCUACUUUGCAACGUAACCCAGCGCGUGUCAUUCUGGUUUGUGGUUACCGAUCCUUCAAGGAAUCACACCCUUCCUGCUGUUGAGGUACAGUCAGCCAUAAGAAUGAAUAGGAACCGGAUCAACAAUGCCUUCUUUUUGAAUGACCAGACUCUGGAAUUUUUAAGAAUUCCUGCCACUCUUGCACCACCUACUGACCCAUCUGUGCCCAUCUGGAUUAUUAUAUUUGGUGUGAUGUUUUGCAUCAUCAUAGUGGCAACCAUGCUAUUGAUUUUGUCAGGAAUCCGGCAACAUAGAAGGUAAGAUAUUUAAAGGGAGUGAUUUAAAGAACAUUUUCUUGUUUACUCAUGACUUGGAAAAACAAGGAGAGGAUUUUCCCCUAGAUGAAGAAAAUGUGUUAUAUCUGAAACUGAAAAAAUUGGUGGUUUUUCAAAAUAUCACUUAUGCUCUUGUUUUUGGAGACUUUUUGGAGUCCAUGUCCCUUAGUUAACUAUGGGUCCUUCCAUUACUAUCUUUCUUUCUAUUCUGUUUUAUAUCUAGAGUUGGUUUUAAUAUCUGGGUUAUGAUUUUGUAAGCUGGAUAUACAGAGCUAAGCAGACUUUUUGGGUAGGCAGAGUUAAUCUUUGCUAGUCAUCCACCUCCAAAGACUAGUAGUUCCGUAGUCCUUUUCAUGCCUCCUCACCUUGGCCUGCCUUUUCCAGUGCCUGCAGCCUCCACCUUGUACUACACACUUUUGCGAUGUUUUAUAUUCCCUCCCUUUGAUGGAUGCUCUUCCCUCUAGUGCCUAUGAUUUUAUAUAGACCCGUGUUCUUCACAGUGGCCUUUGAAUCAACUUCCUGCAUCAGAAUUGCCUGGAACACUUGUUUAAAAUAUAGGUUCCUUUGCCCUACCACAGACCCACUAAAGUCGAUUCUCUGAAGGAGGUGCAUUCUUUUAACUGAAGUUUAGUUGAUGUACAAUUGAAGAAAAUAUGUUUUAAUGAAUAUCUAGGCUAUUCUAAUUCACUUAGUUUCAGAGCUUCCAAAUUAAGUACUUACAUUUAGAUUCCCACUCCUGGAGUUCAUUUAGCUGGAUUCUGGAGCACAUGCAAACUUUGCUGUCAAAUUUAUUGGUAUUAGAGAAUUUCAGACCAGUGGGAGAGUUAUUUAGGUAGAGAGGAGACAAGAUUUCUUAGCACAAUGAAAGGAGAAAAUAAUUUUGUUUACAAGCACCUCUGAUCCAGAGGGGAAGUGAAGAGAGUCCUUAACUCUUCAGUAGACACUCUGAUGCUUCUAAACCUUCCCUUCUGAUACCAAGGAAGAGGAAUUCUGGUAAGUGGAAUCACAGGCACACACAUUGGUUUUCAAAACGGUUGGUUCCCACAGGGGACAUGCAGGUUGUGUUUGGCCAAGUGUGUGUUUGACUAAAUGUUUCUCCUGAGACUUUCUACUUUCCAUAUUGUUCACCCUGGUUAUUAGCAGAAGGUAAUCAUUUUAAAUUGGGGGCUUUAUAAUUUUUUUCACAAAUGGUAAGUGAAAUGCUAUGGAAUAAAUGUGAUUUAUGUGUAGUGCCCAAAUUAAGCUCAAAGAUUGAGAUCAAGUUGUACUUGCUUGCUUUUAUUGCUCUUGGCAUGACACAUAAUGCUGAGAGGCUUGGUACAAAUUAUUAAUCUGUUUUGUUUUGUUUUUCAGAAUAUUAAGAAAUAUUCUCUUGUAGUAUUUGAAUACCUAUGUUUAAUAGUUUUAAGUUUUAUAUUAAUCCUGAAAUGCUAGGAUUCUAUGGUUUCCAACAACUGUAACCUUUGUGAAUUCACGCCAUCUCCUUGGUUCCCAAUUUCCUCACUAGUACAAUAUGGUGAAGGAGGUAGAAGAAUGGGCUCUGGAGAUAGACUGCUUGGAUUCAAAGUAUUUAUUGCCUAGACUCUGCUCUUGUAUGUAAUCCAUUAACUGCAUGGAUAUCAGGAAAUACAGGCAAUGAGUCAGGGAAACCAAGCUCAAGAGGAUAUGGUUUGUGGUGCUCGAGUCAAGUUGGUUAAAUUUUUCUUUACUGUCUGUGCGUAGAUAACUUUGCUCGAGUGACAGUGAGGUAUAUUAGAAAGAAUUAAUUUGCUGGGAUCAAAAGAGUUAAUAGAGUUCUUGAAGUAGUGCCUGGCACUACUGCUGUUAGCUGUUACUGUUAUUUUAUUAUCCUGCCAGUUGCUGGUCUUUCAGCUCGUUAGUGCUGGGAUCAGCUAUCUCUUCCUUCUGAGCAGAUUCUGCAGUAAUAUAAUAACUGAGUGUGUAGCAUCAUAAUCUGUUGCCCAGGAGAAGGGAGGCUGUUGUCACAACCUUGCCUUCACAAAUUUAGUUCAUGUUCAAACCAGGAAACAGAUGGACAAAUCUCCUGUGUCAACCUGGAGAGCAUCAAUAAUUAGCAAAUAGAGUCAGGACAGUUAUGACAAUCUUCUGAAGAGGAAUUAAUUUGUUGGGUUUUACAUUUGGUACGGAAAAAAUUUGGUGGGUUUUUCUUGGGCAAAGUAUUGCUUCAAAGGUGGGGAAAGAGUGCAGUUUGAAGUGGGGAGAGCCCUGAUCAUUGUGAUGAAAGCCUUUUCUAAUUGUGGAAAAAUAGGAGUUGCCCCUGAAAGCCUUUAGUGGUGAGGAAGACAAAGAUUUGUUCAAGAAUCCAAUUCAUACAUUAGAUAAUAAUGAACAUAGUUUGUGUGAUACAAAAUCUUAAACCUAGAAGACGAGGAGGGACCACAGGGUCAUCUGAAUCACCAUUCUGCUUCUGCAGAGAAGAGUGCCCGUGUCGUCUGAGACAUGUGCAUCUUUAUACUUACUACUGAAGAAAUUGCUCAAGUAAAGCUUUAACUAUUCUGGUAGCUGUGUCAAUAACAGCAUUCCUUUGACUGUUCAGAACCGCUGGGUGGAAAGUAUGCAGUCACUGGGGGCCCAAACUAGGUGAACUCAAAUACUAGUUAUACCCUUUAGCUGAGUGACCUUGGUUGCAUCAUGUAAUUUCUGUGGGUCUGUUUCUCCAUCUGUUAUAGGGAGAUAAUGUCUCACAGGACUUAAAUGAGGAUUGGGUGAAAAAAUGUGUAUAAAAUACCUAGGUUAUAGUAUGUACUAAAUAAACAGUAAUUAGUAUUAUCCAAGAUGAGCUUAACCCAUUUCUGUGAUUAAGGGAUGCUGGAAAAAGAUCUCUUUUCCAUCCAGAUAUUGCCACCGUACUGCAGAAGAUUUUCCAGUUCAAUGGCUUAUUGCUUGAGAUUUUAUUAGUUAACAAACACCUAUUUGAUUUUUUAUUUUUUCAUAAAUAUUUUAUUUUAUUUGACCAUGGAAGUUUAUCAGUAUAUAUUUGACUAUGUUCCUCAACCAAUAUAACUACAAAUGAGGUACAGCAAUGCCAUUCCAACUGCAUGAUUUUAAGAAAUUUAUUCUGACAUGGUGCCUAGACAUUUUCUCCCACAAAUUAGCCCCACUCCUAAGGAUCAAGCAAGGUUGGCGAUGGUCUUUGGAGAAUAUGGUCUUGACCAUGGGCUCAAAUCUCAGGUAGAGUUGGGUUUUUUUUGGUUUUUUUUUUUA